CUCUUCUACACUACUCCCACUAGUGCAAUGUACCUAUGUGUGACAAGGAUCUAUUGGCACGUGGCCAAAAUUGGAACGGAGACGCCGCAUCUUGUUCGCUCGUGGUCUACAUAUCGUUGUCGAAGCUACUGUUGUUUUUGCUCAUUAUUUUUCAAAAAAUAUGCCGAAAGUAAUAGAAAGUGAUGUCAGAGAGGUAGUGUUAAACGUUAAAGAGUUUUUUAUGGCGGAGAAAGAACACGGUGGUCCGAUAAUUCCGUUCGAUAGAGCAAACGAUCGAGUUGCCGCUGCUACAGGCGUUUCUCUACGUUCUGUAACAAGAAUCAUUAAGGAAGGAAGAUUGGCUGAAGCAUCAUCUAGUAAAAUAGGUACACUAGGGAAGAAGAGAAAAGUAAGAAAAGAUAAACUUGUGAUGAAUGAUUCUGAUCUGAAUGUUUUACGUCAGAAAAUUAACGAAUUUUAUACCAUAAAGAAAGAAAAUCCAACAAUAAAGAAAUUACAUAGUGUACUUAAAGAAGAAAUUGGAUUUGAAGGUAGUCGAGAAGUUCUUAGACAGUAUAUUAAAAAAAUCGGUUUUCGAUUUACGGAGACAGGGGAAGGGAAGGGAAAAUGCUGGCUGAAGGAUAGUGAUAUAGAUACAGCUGAUUGCUGAUCUCAGGACACAGAGUACAUCACAGGAGUACAUUGAAUAUACGGAAACUUGGUCAGCUUAACUUUCCCGACCCUGACCUUAACAUUUAUUUGGCUCGACUGGAACCACACCAGGAAGUGGAAGG